AUGAGUAAAGCCACUAGUUGCAAAGAUGCUAUUAAGGCAUGGGCUGCUAAGACUGGUCAAAAGCCAGAGGAGGCCGAGGUUAUCAAGCUCUUCUACCAGUUCCCCCCUAUUGAGCGAAUGGACGCGUCCCUCUCAACCCUUAAGGGCUGUGUUCAUCUUUCCUUAAGCUCUAACAACAUAGACCGUAUUGCCGGGCUCAAUAGCCUUCCGAAUCUUAAAAUACUCUCGUUGGGACGCAACCUCAUCAAGAGGAUAGAGGGCUUGGAUGGCGUGAAGGACACCCUGGAGCAGCUCUGGAUUUCUUAUAAUAUGAUAGAAAAGCUAGCUCCCCUUAUAUCUCUUAAGAGGCUCCGCUGCUUGUUUAUCGGAAACAACCUCAUAGCUUCGUUUGGUGAAGUUGAGCGGCUGGCCGAGUUGCCCGAUCUUCAGGAAUUGGUUCUUAUCGGCAAUCCACUUCACCAGCAGCACGCAUCUACUGGAAACUGGCGCAGAGAAGUUGUUCGCAGGCUUCCGGGUCUUAAGAAGCUAGACGGCCUUCCUGUCACUGACGAUGACCGGGAAUAA